AUACCCAUUAUUAUUAUUAUUAAUUAUUUUGAUUUUAAGAAAGAAUAUUCUUUUGAUUAUCAUAUAUUUUCUAACCGAAAAACAAUCAAACAAAUGUUUUCCUUAAGGAAAGUCAUUGUAUAGGCUACCACGUUGCUUUACACUAUUCACCAGUCCUGUUUUUAAUAAUUAGCCACGUUAGUAGUCUAAUUAUUCUGCUUGAUACAACAUGCAUUGUAAAAUUUAAUAUAAAUAUCUUUACAAAUGUAGAUUACUUAAGCAAACAUAGACAAACGGCUACGAUUAAAAUAGCAGAGUGCCGCAAAAAUAUAAAAAGUCACAUAGCGACCCGAAUCCCUAAUUUCAGCUCGACCCUGUGCACUGAGCAUGCGCACUGCAUCACCCAGUCUCCCUUUAGUUUCCUUGGUAACAAAAAAAAAAAGGGUGGUGGAGGAAGGAAUGAGGUGCAUCGAGCUGCGAAUAGAAAGGCGAGAGACGGGGUGAAAGAAAGAGGGAGCGAGGAGAGAGGUACCUGAACACAUGAUAAUUCCCUAACGUCUGUCCAACUCCUGCCUUAGCCUACUUAUACUUCAAUAGACCGAAAAACAGCGAGAGCAGAAAAAGGACGAAAAAUAUACAUCCUUGGAUCGAUACAAAAACACGGAUCGACAUGUCAGAUAUUGUGCCCCCUGAAGUGAGACCCAAACCUGCCGUCCCAGCUAAGCCAUUUCAUGUGGCCCCGCCUAAUAGUGUUCCUUCACCCCAAGGAAUGGGGGGUGAAGGUCAAGGGUCAGGUCGAGGAUCUGCAUUGCUUGGAUACAUCGGAAUAGACACCAUCAUCGAGCAGAUGCGGAAGAAAACCAUGAAGACAGGCUUUGACUUCAACAUCAUGGUUGUUGGUCAGAGUGGUCUUGGGAAGUCUACUUUAGUGAAUACUCUCUUUAAGUCACAGGUGAGCCGGAGGAGCACAAGCUGGAGUCGUGAUGAGAAGUUCCCAAAGACUGUUGAGAUUAAAUCUGUAUCUCAUGUGAUUGAGGAAGGAGGGGUGAAGAUGAAGUUAACAGUCAUCGACACACCAGGUUUUGGGGACCAAAUCAACAAUGAAAAUUGUUGGGAGCCCAUAUCCAAAUACAUCAAUGAACAAUACGAGAAAUUUUUGAAGGAAGAAGUCAACAUUGCACGCAAGAAACGCAUCCCUGAUACCAGAGUACACUGCUGCUUGUACUUCAUAUCUCCAACUGGACACUCGCUUCGCCAGUUGGAUAUUGAGUUCAUGAAACAUCUGAGUCGUGUGGUCAACAUCAUUCCUGUCAUUGCCAAGUCGGACACACUCACUCUUGAUGAGAAAACUGAAUUUAAACAGAGGGUGAGGAAGGAGCUGGAAGCAUGUGGGAUUGAGUGUUAUCCACAGAAGGAGUUUGAUGAAGACAUGGAGGAUAAGAGUGAUAAUGAUAAGAUCAGGGAGGCGAUGCCCUUUGCCGUGGUAGGAAGUGAUAAAGAGUACCAGGCCAGUGGCAAACGAAUUUUGGGCAGGAAGACACCCUGGGGAGUGGUGGAGGUUGAAAACCCAAAUCACUGCGAAUUCUCCUUACUUCGUGAUUUCAUGAUUAGGUCUCACCUCCAGGACCUGAAGGAGGUCACUCAUAACAUCCACUACGAGACGUACCGUGCCAAGAGGCUCAACGAUAAUGGAGGUCUACAUCCCAUCUCCUCCUCUGGCCAAGACACACAAGAAAGUAACCUGUGAGGAAAGAAAUGAGCAGCAUAGUAAGGAUGCGAGAGAAAACGAAAAUUCAUCUUUUCAUCACAAUUCAGCUGUGCAUGCUCAGAUUUUAUCGCUAUGGAGGUUUUGUCUUUUUACUCCUUUAAACUCUGUUUGGAACUUGUCAUCAUCUCUUGUUGCACAACCUUUUUGAAAAUUAGAAAAAGCCUUCCCCAGUUGCUCACUUUGGUGAGUGAGUUUGCUUGUGAUAAUCUUGUUCAGGUCUAAUAUGAUGGCAAAUAGAUGCUAUAUAGCUAUAGCAUUUGGAAUUAAAAAAUUGCCCAGUGUUGGCAUAUAAUUUUCUCUGUCCUUUACUGGAACCUCUGUUAGUCAAAUUUGAGCAGUUUUAUAUUGUUAGAAGGGGGAUAGCACUGCCACUGCAGUCUGCGGCUCAAUGGGCCUUAUUUAUUUAAAACAUUUAGCACACUUUUAGUACCUUUGCCAAUUAAACAUACUCAAGUUAUGUGUAAGCCUACUAAAUUUUAACAUGCAGGUGUUUUAAUAAGUAUUUAAUUUCUUUGGCCCUAUAAGAGUACAGCUGUGUUUCUUUAAGUAUGUUAGAUUCUCUAGUACUAACUUGUUACCAUUGCUGUGUCUCUGCCAAAACAAGUCUCAGAGGACUCUGAAGUGACCACUGAGGCAUAUUCCUACAGAUCAUUCCAAACAGGUACAACAGUUUAAAUGUGUGCCAAGAUUUACAGUGGCUAAUGUGUUUAAAUGACUUUCCAGCAGCCCAUUUAACUUCAGGUGGAAACUGAAAGAACACUGAUUAAAAUGAUCAGUGCCUUUAACAAAUCAAGAGUUGUAGUUUUGAGGAUUUUCUUCAAGCACAUUUGUAUGGACACCCCAUGUUUGUGUGCAUGAGUAUAAAAAUUACAAAGCUUUCUCAAAGUUUUGCAUAUGGUAAUAGUGAUUUCUGUCUUCAUAUGUGAUGGAAUUUUUCUUUUAAUUCCCAUGUGUGCCAAUAUGUCCAAUCGUGUGUGUGUGUAUAUAUCUCACGACAUCACUUCACAGAACAUUACAUAUGUAGGAAGUCUACAGAUACAUACAGGUCCUUAAUCAGCUCAUCUUUUUCAUAUCACAUUUAAUUAAUGCUGGUGUGGAAUAAUAAAACACCUUUGAACAAUAAUUAUGAAACAUUAUUUGUAUUGUAUGUAUGUUUUAUUUAUUAUGAUACUUAUGUUUUCAUUUAAUAAAGAUGUUUGCAAUAA